UUUACAAAAGCGCCACCACGUGCUUAAAAAAUAAAUUAAAUCUAUGUAGGGUAAACAAUUGUAGUAAACAAUUUAAUUAGAAUUUAAUUUAAAAAUGGCAUCUUUAACUAAAAUUAUGCAAAUUUCGAAAUGUGUAAAUAAUGUGACAAAACUUAUUUCUAAUUUAUCAUUAUCCGUCAACACUAAUUUAGUUUCCAACACUAAGUGUUUUCGAAGGUUACCUUUACAAUCAAGCGUAUUUUUACAUACUUCAUCGACAAAAUAUGAUUUAAUGGAAUUUUUUGAUGAUCAAAAAAAUUGGGGUAAAGAUAUAGUCAAAGUUGGACGCGAAUGGAGGGUAGAUGAAUUAAGAUUAAAAAGUAAUGAAGAUCUUCACAAGUUAUGGUUUGUUUUAAUUAAAGAGCGUAACAUGCUCUUAACGAUGGAAGAAGCAUGCAAAAGAAGUUAUAAAAUAUUUCCAAAUCCUGAACGCAUUGAUAAAGUUGAUAUGAGUAUGACCAAUUUAGAAACUGUUGUUCGUGAAAGAAAUAAAGCUUAUCAUUUACUCGAAACCGGAGAAACAGGAGAACGUCCAGGAAAACUUGUAUAUAAUGCACUCGGACUUAAAUUUUAUUACCGUAUGCGUGAAUAUCUUGUACCAAAGUUUAUGAACUCGAAAUGGUUUAAAAAACACCACUUUGGAUAUCAUGGUUUUGCAGUACACAAAUUUUUGCGCCUGUAUAGAGAAAAAUUAUGGAAUACUAAGCGCAGAGCAAAAAAUCGUGAGUUUAAUCAAGCUAUAAUGAUGCUCAGAAGAUUCCCAAAUUUAGACAUCAAUGCAUUGAAAGAGAAAUAUCCAUCAGUUGACAUAGAAAAAGCAAAAAAUUCUAAGAAAGCGCAAGGACAUUUUACCCCAAUGUAAUAAUGACUGUUUUAUGAAAAUAUAAUUUAUAAUAACUUAAUGUAUUAUAGAGAUAAAACAGUUGUUAGGCUUUUGUCAAGGUUGUUUUUAAUGAAAUCAAGUAUCGCUUAACAUUAAUCAAAAAUUAUUCUUACGAAUGAUUAUGGAAUGUAACAGGCUCGUUUAUUUGACUAGCUUGGAUUAGUUUUAUUUGUUUUAAACUGAUAUAGUAUUUUUGUUGAAUAAAAAUUUAUGUAGAAAG